UGUCGACGAUCCAUCCCGCACUCGCUCUGAACGGCUGAUCGAGCCCCGACUGGAUCUUCGUCUGCAUCCGCCAGCAUCCGCCAGCAUCCACCAGCAUCCACCAGCAUCUGCAUCUCGUCUAUCCAUGUCGUCCGCAGCUCCUUCCCGAACCGCUGUCCUCUCGCUCUAUCGGUCCUUCAUCCGCACCGCGAAACAGUUCAAAUCCUACAACUACUCGCAGUAUGUCCAACGACGGGCCCGUGAUACCUUCCGGGAGCACAUGAACGAAACCGACGCCAUCCGCAUUGCGGCUCUCUACCAGCGCGGCAUCUCCGAUCUCGAGAUCGCAAAGCGCCAGGCCUGGGUCAACUCGCACUUUGGAUCAGGAAACCUGGUGGUCGAAAGCCAGCACCACCGUGUCCACCAUGCCUGAGUGACUCAGACCAUCUGGCGCUGUUGGCCCAACACUUUUGCCAAAACUUGGUCU